CCAACAGCUCUUUUGACCGUGCUGCACUGGCCCUGCUGCCUCCUCGUCUUCUUGUACUUGUACAUGAUAUGUCGCAUCUUGGAUACCGACAUCGUAUCCCUGUCAGAUAUUCACAAGCUUCAGCGCCCGCAUUUCCUUCUAGCGGACCGCGCUCCGUCUAUGUUUCUUCCCUCGACCCAUAUCUAUUGGCGCGACGCUUCGAGGCACCAUCGACGUCAUCUUCCCCAGCGAUAGAGCCCACGAGUGGCCUCACUCCCCAAACAUCUCCUUGAAGCAACUCGUGCUUGACGACGAUGGCGACCCCUACGCUCAACUUCAUUACGUUCAACCAAGACCAUAGCUGCCUUGCUGUUGGCACAUCCAAAGGCUUUGGCAUCUAUCACACCGAUCCGUUCUCGCGCAUAUUCAGCAGUGAUGACGGUAAUAUCGCCAUCAUCGAAAUGUUGUUCUCAACCUCCCUAGUCGCCCUCAUUCUUUCUCCUCGCCAUCUCAUAAUUCAAAACACCAAGAGGGCUUCGGUCAUAUGCGAACUGACCUUUCCAUCCGCCGUCCUGGCCGUACGACUAAAUCGCAAGCGGCUGGCCGUUGUCCUCGAGGAGGAGAUAUACCUCUACGACAUCAGCAACAUGAGCCUUCUCUACACCAUCCCCACCUCCCCGAACCCAUCGGCCAUAUGCGCGCUAUCAGCAUCCUCCGAGAAUUGCUUCAUCGCAUAUCCGCUUCCCAAACCGAGAGAAGAAUCCGAUAGCAGGCGGCCCCCUCAUGCUCCACCACAGUCGGCAUAUGUUGCUCCUACCUCGGGCGAGGUUCUCAUGUUUGACACCUUGACGCUCAAAGCUGUUAACGUUAUAGAAGCUCAUCGCUCGCCGCUAUCUUGUAUCAGUCUCAAUAGCGAAGGCACGAUGUUGGCAACUGCAAGCGAGACGGGUACCAUCAUUCGUAUAUUUUCAGUGCCUCGAGGCCAGAAGCUCUAUCAGUUCCGGCGGGGGACAUAUCCUUCAACCAUAUACAGCAUGUCCUUCAACCUCAGCUCAACGCUCCUUUGCGUCUCCUCCGCGUCAGAUACAGUACACAUAUUUCGACUUAGUCCUCCGCCUGGGCAUACCACCCCGGCAGGUGCCCCAAUUGAAUCCCUAGGUUCUCCGAGACAAGAUCGGUGGUCCCGAGCGAGAAGCCACGACGGUGCAGAUUCACCCAGUAAUAGCACAACUGAAUCCCCCAAAAGUGAAACUGCAGAGCUUGGAAGCAAUGGUCCUGCUCUAGAUGCCAGUGCUGCACCCGCUGGUCGCAGUCAAAGUGGUUCAUUUAGCAGUAUGCUACGACGUUCAUCUCAAAUCAUGGGCCGCGGAGUUGUCGGCGUUGUAGGCUCCUACCUUCCGCAAUCAGUUACUGAGAUGUGGGAGCCACUCAGAGACUUUGCCUAUAUCAAAAUCCCCAAGACCACUGGACUCGGAGCUGGGGCUCGAGUACCCGGUGGGCAAAGCUCUGGCCCACUUCGCAGUGUCGUUGCAAUGAGUAGUAGCAGCCCCCAAGUUAUGGUGGUAACUAGUGACGGCGGCUUUUACGUCUAUAACAUUGAUAUGGAGAAUGGUGGAGAGGGUUAUCUCGUAAAACAGUUUUCAGUUCUAGAGGGGGAUAGCAAAAGUGAUCCUUCGGCCUAAACAUAACUAGG